UAGAUUGCAGCCUGACAUUGCAGCUGAUUGCAGCUGUCGGCUGUCAAAUAUAAUCAGUUAGCUAUUUCAACAUUGAACAUUCUUGGUUUUCUGAAACCUGGAAAUUAUAAAGAAUAGCAAUAAGCAUAAAUAGUAAGACUAAAUUAAAGAAACGAUGGAAAAUGCAAAAAUCGUUUCAUUAAUAAUAGAUGGACAAGUGUUCAAAGCAAAUCGGGAUACAUUAUGCGAACACAGCGAUUAUUUUCGCGCAAUGUUUAGUGGAAAUUAUUUAGAGCAAGAACAACAAGAAAUUGUUAUAGACGUUGUAGAUGCCUGGUCUAUGCAGAUUAUAAUUAGAUAUAUGGAAAUUGGAUUAAUUGAUCUAGCAGAACAUUCCGUGUCUGAAAUUGGUGAUUUAGCCUUUGCUGCUAACUUCCUACAGAUAACGGAGCUUAUGAAACAAAUAGAAUACUGUCUAGAUCUGCAGCUCACACUUGCAAACUGGGCAAAAACUAUAGCCAUUGCAGAAGGAGCUUCAUAUAUAAAACUAGAACAAUUAUGUACAGCAUUUGGGCUGUUCAACUUUCACCAUAUGAAACCUGAAUACAUUCCAAGCAUGCAUAGACUCUGUUGGUAUUUAUCUCACCCUUAUUUACCUGCCAACAAUGAACUAGAUGCUUUCAAAUUUGGCCUACAAUGGAUUACAAACACAGAAACCGGUGCUGAUGCACUACUCAUCAUUCUUGGCUGUUUAGACCUCAAAAGACUGAAUGGUGAAGAACUACAAGAAAUAAAUUUACUCAUAAAAGAUUAUGUCAACAGUCUUGCUGCUAAAGUUGUAGAUUGCUUAUUGUAUUUAGCCAAUAAUGAAAUUCCAUUUUCAACAUCGGAAAUCAUUAAAAACAAAACAAUAAUAACUGAAAACUUCACUGAAAGAGUUUACCGUGAAGUUCUUAAUUUGGUCAGGAAUUGCGUACAUCGUGAAUUUCAUUUAACACCUGUAGUACCAGUGUGGAUGUUGAAGGAAUCCAAAUUUAAAGUAGUUCCUCACAAUGUUUACACAUUCAAUGAGAGUACAGGUUUCGAGAGCUAUCUGGAAGUGGCUGAUAAAAAUUUAUGGGGUUGGAAUAUUGUUGCUUGGGGUAUGAAUAAGCUUGUGGUGGUGUGCGGGGAACAUGGAAGGGGAACAGGCAUUUUUAUGAAAGAUGUGAGAGUGUAUGACACUCUACGGAAGGAGUGGACGUGGCAUGGAGUGCAGUUACCAAAUAGAAGACAUGGGGGAGUUGCAAUUGUUGGUGAUACAUUAUAUCUUGUUGGUGGAGUAGGUGGUUUUAGGGUUAUAAUUGGCGGAGGCUUGGCUUAUGAUCUGAAGCAAAGGACGUACAGAAAGAUUUCCAAACUGCCAGACACAAUACAAAGUCCAGCUAUGUGUGUGCACAACAACAUGGUUUAUGCGAAUGGUCAAAAUGAAAUAUUUCGAUAUGAAGAUUAUGGAGAUACUGAUAGAUGGGUCAAAAUGGUACCAACAGAAAUACGGCCCAGUUGUAUGACAUCAUACAGAAAUUAUAUUUACUGCACCCAUAGUUUCUUCAGCCAUUUGUACAGAUUCAGGCCAGAUGUAGAUGUGAAAUUGGAAUUGGUUACUGAUUUUGCAAAUCCCCCAGCUACAAUUUGUAAUUUAGGAAACAAACUGUUAGCCUUUACGAGGCCAAUGUGUGGACCUUUAGAAACAAUGUCUGUUGAAGAAUAUGUUGGAAACUCUAGGAAUGAAAAACCUAAAGUGGUGUGGACACAACCUGAAGCCAAUAUCAAAAUCAACGAAAUUACCGGCUCAUGCGCAUUAGUUAUGUCAAUGCCACCUGUAAAAACUGAAAUGUCUCAAUACCUCAUGGAUUAUCUUAAGAGAUAUGAUUAAUAAAAUUCUUUUAUGUUA